AUGGCAGGUCUGAAAGACGAAGAAUGCAGAACGAAUUUCCGCCAACAUGUGUCUAUUGGAGUCGAUGGGCCAGGAAAGGUAUGCUACAAGGAAGAGCUUUACGCGGAAGUCGAUGUAGUGUACCGUCGAAUGACACGUGGAAGAUAUCAACAUUUUGCAAAGCCAUCGAAAGUGGCUAAAGAAAAUCGUCUACGCUUCUUUGGUAAUAUAAUAGGGAGACCAGCAGAUCGCCUUGUUCAACGAGUUUUGAGGAGUCUCUCCGAUUCAAGCUAG